AUGACUAUAUUGUGGAAGGCCAUCCCAUACCAACUUUUUCAUACACGACGCUCUUUUCGCCUCUGGCGCUGUUGGCACAUGGAGACUAUGAACAUCUGGACACACCUCUUGGGCUCGGCCGCGUUCAUCACCUCUGGUAUCGCUCUAUAUCGUUUUUCCGAAAACAGUGGCCUCAAUAUUACAUACGGUAAUAUAUUCGCCUUUGGAACGUUUACAGCUUCAGCUGCCACAUGCUUUGCCUUCAGCACAACAUUUCAUACAUUAAGAAGUCAUUCCUACAACAUCCAUCAUCUUUGGGGACGAAUGGAUAUUCUGGGAAUUUCGAUUCUCGCCUUUGGCUGUGGUGUGUCAAUGACAUAUUAUGCAUUUUAUUGCCAGCCUACCAUCCAAAAGGUUUACUGGGGCUUGAAUGUCUGUUCAGCUGUAGGUGCAGCGGUGACGCUGUUCGAUACUGGCGGCGGAGGCAGCAAGAUGAGAGAAAUGCGUGGAGGUGUAUUUACUGCUCUUGGUCUCUCUGCUAUGUUGCCCAUAUUUCAUAGUCUCAGCCAAAUAGGUUGGGUUCGCGGAUGUAUUGAGAUAGGAUCUGGAUGGUUUGUAGCCGAGGCGCUCUCUUUACUAGUUGGCGUGGGAUUCUUCGUUAGUCGAGUCCCUGAGAGGUUAUUCCCAGGGCCAUUCGAUAUUUUUGGACAUUCGUAUCAGCUUUUUCAUACCUUUGCUGUUAUUGGUGGUGCGUGUCAUCUUGGUGCGCUGGUUACUGCAUUCAAAUACCGGCAAAGCUCCCCAUUGUGUUAA